GAGGAUGAUUGUGGUCCCGAAUGUGGGGUCAAGUUCCCCAGCAAGGAUUAGGAGAGAGUGGGUGAAAAGGAUUCUGUGGGGUGUCCUCUUUGGACUCAUGGUCCUUAUCUAUGGCUCUCAUGCACCACUCAUCACUCUCACCAAGGUAGAUGGUCAAGUCCCUUUCAACCCCUCAUCAUGUGUUGUCAUGAUUGAGUUAUCUAAACUCCUGAUCUCCCUGUUGACUCUUGUUCUAACUGGAGGUACAUCCUCCUUACGUUCUCCUCCACCUUUAGUCCUUGUGGCCCCCUAUGGGGUCCCUGCCAUACUCUAUGCCCUCAACAACAACCUGGUAGUUCUCAUGCAGGUCCACAUGGAUCCGAGCUCCUACCAAGUCCUCUCUAACCUGAAAAUAGCCUCCACGGCCCUGUUGUACUCCUUCUGCCUGGGCAAGAGACUCUGGCCUUCUCAGUGGUUUGCUCUGGGGCUCCUCUUGGGUGCAGGGGUGUGCCACAGCUACAGCAGCCUGGACUUGGGGGACCAGGAGAAGGCUGACACGGAGGAAGGUCCCAGGCUUUAUAUCACAGUUUGGGGGGUUUUCCUUGUGCUGGUGUACUGCUGUGUUUCAGGGCUGGCAGCAGUGUACACAGAGAUGGUGCUGAAGAGCCAGAAGCUGCCCCUCAGCCUGCAGAACCUCUACCUCUACGUGUUUGGUGUGGCCAUCAAUGGGCUCUCCUCCUUGUUUGUAGCAGGGGAAAAGAGCUUCCUGGAGGGAUACUCUGCGGUGGUUUGGGUCAUUAUAGCAGGGCAGGCAGCUAACGGACUCCUGAUGUCCGUGGUGCUAAAGCACGGCAGCGGGAUCACCAGACUGUUUGUCAUUUCUUGCUCCAUGCUGGUUAAUGCUCUGCUGUCUUGGGCCAUCUUAGGGCUGCAGCUCACACCUUUUUUCCUCCUACCUGUUUCUAUGAUCGGACUGGCAGCUUACCUUUACUACAGAUGGUAAAUAACCGGACCACAAAGUCCUUUCAACUCAUUACAGUCUACCAUCUGUCUCCUAUUUUUUUUGUCAUUUGUUUUCUGCCUUAUAUCUAUCUGCCUUCAGAAAUCCACAAUCCAACACAUGUAUUUUGAUUUGUAAUAUCAUGUGUAGACAUUUAUGUCAGCUGAAGUCUAGUUUGACAAUUUACAUUAUUUAGGAUUUAGUUUAUAAUUCUGUCACACUGAUGAAAGUCAGGAUUAUUAUUAUUAUCAUCUGUUGAACAUUUCCAAAGAGUGCUGCUAUUGUCGUUUUGUUUUUCAUUCUCUGCCAAGAACAAUGUCAAAGAUGUGUUACAAAGUGUGUUAAUAAUACCGAAUAAAUUGUUAAAAACAA